AUGCCUAAAGCAACCCUUGAUUCUUUGUGGGGAUCACUUGAAGGGAAAUUCAAUAAGUUUGUUGCAGGGGAUACUUUGGAAGAAAAUGGAAAUAAAUCCUCAGAUAACCAAGAGGAAUCCGUUGGACCUUUCUCUCAUUUCAGUGCCAUUUCACAACCAACUUCUGGCAAUCCAUCUCGUAGUGCAUCUUCUAUCGAUUUCCGUUCCAACAAUGAUCAACGUUCAAACACUCCUAAAACUUCCUAUGAACUGCAGAGAAGAUCUUCGACACCGGGAUCAAAUUCCCAAAGUGUCAGUACAAUAAAUACGGGGAAUAUAAUGAAUACGGGGAAUGGUUACUAUUCCAGUCCUACCACUUCAGACGGUUAUAAUACAUCGAUGCCUAUGGUGCCUGAAGGUCAACCUUCAUAUUAUUUAACAUCCUCAAUAACAGAUGAUAACAAUAAUAAUUAUUAUGGUGUACAAAAUGAUGGGCAAGAGAAUUAUAAUUCAUACGGUUAUAACACAUGGAAACCUACGCGAACAAAUACUUUUGGUCAACAACAACCAGUAUCUGAAAGUGGAUAUUCAAUUACUAAUGAUCAAUAUGGUCAAUAUGGACAAUAUGGAUCAGGUCCAAUUGAUCAACAAUCGCCGAAUCCACCUUUGUAUUCAUAUAAUAACCCAUCGGAAAAUACAUAUACUAACGGUUCAGGAUGGUAUAAUAAUAAUAAUUCUGGAGUCAAGAAUGAUCAAGAUCAGACAGGUAACAGUGCAUUUUCAAAAAAUAAAUUUACCGAGAAUGCUUCUUCUGAGAAUGAAGAGAAUCACGAGAAACCCCCAGAAAAUUCAACCAAUGAAAAGAAAGAAGAAGAAAAUGGCGAAGAGAAUAAAGAAGAUGAUAAAAAAGGCUGGUUUGGAAGAUGGUUUGGAAAAAAAGAAAGUAGUGGAAGUAAUAGUAAAUCAGCUAAUUUGGGUGAAGAAAAUUCAUUUUACUUUGAUCCUGCCGGACCAGAUUCUACCCAAACUUUAACACCACCUCCACCACCAUUAUCACGCGCCAAAACAACAUCACCUACUCCAUCAUCAAACUUAAAUCCUAAUAGAAAAUCAUUACCACCAAUAAAAACUUCUAAUGGUAGUGCUUCAACUCCACCACCAUUUACUGGUAGCCGUAGAAGUGUAUCUAGUGCUAGCACACGACGCCCUGUUCGAGCAAGAUAUGUGGAUAUAAUGAAUCAGCCUCCGCCAUCACCAAAAUAA